UCUUCUCUUGGUUUGGCAUGUGUUCUAACCACACUAUAUCCACACAUGUGCGCGUUUGUGUGAUUGUGUAGGUAUUACUAAGCACAAGACGGACGAGAAAAUACACAGAAGAGGCCAGAACGCAGAAAAAUUAAGGCGAGAAGAAGCAGAGGAGGAAAGCAGCAGCGAGACCGACCGACACACGAGUUUUCAUUCUGCAUUUUUUGACAGAAAUCGGUGUGUUUGCAUAAAUCGUGUGUGAAAAAUCAAUUGCACAUCGAGUAAAAUUUAUAAUAGCAAUUGCAAAAAACAUACAUAGCAGCCAUUAUGGAUAGCGCCGGGAAAAAUCGUUAUGAACUUUUGUUCAUGGACGAUGAUGUUAGCGAUCCAUUAGAUAAUCUGGUGGCGGCCAAGAAGAAGCAGCCAGCCGCAGCUUCGACGUCGUCGUCAAAAACGGCGGCAACAACGCCAGCGAACGCAAAGUCGACAACCAAAUCACACCAACAAAAUGCUAAGAAACCAAAUCAGGCUGAAAAGGAAAACAAACCAGGUGCACUGAAUAAAAAUGAUGGCAAAAAAAAUUUGACUGCUGGCGGCGCUGCUGGUGACAAGCUCAACAACAACAACACUAAACAAGGUGGGGCUGGCGCUGGAGCUGUGCGCUCUGUCGGCGGCAAGCAGCAGCAAACACGUGAAGGUGGUCAAGGGCAACAGCAGCAACAACAACAACAGCGCAAUGUCAAUUUUCGCCAACAGAAUGGCGAAACGCGCGAACAGCGCAACAAUCGUCGCAACGUGCGCGAAAAUGGCGCUCCCGGUGGCAGCGCUCCUGGUGAGCGCCCCUAUCGCGGCGGCGCUGGUGGCGAUCGUCCACCACGUAAUCGCAACUUUGAUGGAAACAAUCGCAAACGUGAAUUUGAUCGUCAAUCUGGAUCUGACAAAACUGGCGUUAAGGCAGUCGACAAACGUGAUGGCGCUGGCGCACACAAUUGGGGCUCCGUCAAGGAGGCCAUCGAUGAUGUGAACAAAAACAAUGAGAGCGAGACCAGUGUGAACAAUGCGGAAGGCAAGGCCGAUGAGUCCGGAAAUGAACAGCAAAACGAACAAGCACCCGUCGAGGAAGAGACCAAAGAGUUGACAUUGGAUGAAUGGAAGGCACAGCAGCAGCAACGCAUUAAGCCCAAGUUCAAUAUACGCAAGGCCGGUGAAGGUGAGGACACAUCGCAAUGGAAGAAAAUGAUUGUGCUGAACAACAACAAGAAGAAGGAGAACGAAAGUGAGGAGGAACUUGAAUACGAUCCUGCCAUGUAUCCACAACGCGUGGGCCGUCAGCAGCGCGUGCUGGACAUCCAAUUCAAUUUUAAUGACGGACGUCGCGGUGGUGGUGGCUUCGGUGGACGCGGACGUGGCGGACCACGUGGUGGACCGCGCAACGAGGGCAAUCGCGGACCAGUGUCGGGUGGUGGUGGUGCUGCCGGUGGCGCCGGUGGUGCCUCCAAUAUCGAGGGCGGCAGCGGCGCUGCACGUUCCGACGGUGGCAACAGGCCGCCCAUUGAGCGUCGUGGUGGUCCAGGCGGUGGCAUUGGUGGCGGACAUUCCGGCACCAAGCGUUUCGGUGGUGAGCGGCAACAGAAUGCGGCACCCAAAGUCAACGAUGAGCGUCAAUUCCCGACGCUGGCUUAAGCGCAAACAUCGAUUGCACUCGUCAGGGAAGGAGGAUUGGGAGGAGGAAUGAGGCAUGAGGAACGCGAAGUGCGAAUCAAAUAAGGGCGGAGAAGGGAGAAUAGAACUGUAAGCUGCUGCUGCUGCUACCACUUCUGCUCCGGCAGCAUGCCUUACAUUUUUUUUAAUUGAUAGUAGAGUUCGAUGUGGCCAAGCCCACAAUUGCAAUUUAUAUCAUUCACACUCACACACAAAACACACACACACACAGAAACCCACUCAAAUACCGCAACAACAAGAACACUAAAUUUACAAAUGUCGCAGCAGCGCAGUCAAAUUUUCAACAAAGAACAACAAUUUGAAGAAAUACUAUUGGCACAACAUUUAUUGAAUAAAAAGGAAGCAAAUAAAAUUAUCACAAA